CACGGCCCGUGAAAAAUGGAAAAAGGCCCGGCCCGACACGACUGGUUUAAAUUCGGGCUAGCACGGCACGAAUCGCGGGCUGGGCCGUGCUCUAAAUUUGAGCCCGUCGUGCUACCAGGCCCGACACGUUGUUGUGGGCCGUGCUCGUGCUGGCCCGGCACGAAAACAUCCCGGUCCAGCGUCGGCCGCCAUUUAAUUAGGUUUAGUCGUUUCCCCAGACGUCCGCCCGUCUCCGAUUCUCUCCUCGACUCCCCAGGCGUCGGCCGCCGCCAGCCCAUCCAUUCGUCUUCUCCCCAGGCGCGGCGUCCAGCUCCCCAGGCGCGGCGUCCAGACUCCAGCGGUCCUGCGGCCACGCGCCAUGCGGCCAUCUCCCCGGCGUGGCGUCCAGACUCCAGCGGUCCUGCGGCCACGCGCCAUGCGGCCAUCUCCUUAGGCGUGACGCCCAGCGGCCAGCGGCCACGCGCCCACGCCCAGCGGCCAUCCAGCGGUCCUGCGGCCACGAUGCCAUGCAUGCCAGCGGCCAGACAGGCGCCCAGCGGCCAAUCCAUCUCCCCAAGCGCCAUCUCCGGAUCUCCCGAGGCGCCAGCCCAGCGGCCAUCUCCUGAUCUCCCCACGGCGACCGAGAUACAAACUUAAUUGCGUGCCGUGCCUGGGCCAGCACGGCCCAACGGAAGCCCGCCGUGCUUUAGGGCCGUGCUGGGCCUUAUUUCUACUCACGAGGCCCAGUAAGGCACGGCCCGAUUCUAUUUCGUGCUAGAUAGGCCCGACUAACUGAGGCCCGAAGCACGAUGGGCUCGUGCCGGGCCGGCACGGCACGGUCCAAGUUGCAGCACUACC